AUGGCUCCUAAAUUUGAUCUGGUGGUUAUUAAUGGCACGAUCGUGACUGCCAGUGACAUCAGUGAGUGUUGGAUUGGAGUCAAAGAUGGCAAAAUCCAGUCGCUUGCAAACGAAUUCACAGAUGAUGAGUUGGAAGGGGCUGAGAUCAUAGAUGCCGAAGGCGCCUAUGUAAUGCCUGGCGGUGUUGAUGCACACGUUCAUUUAUGUCAGGAUUUGAAAACAGGACCACAUGGCCUCGGGGGCGAAUGCUCUGACAACUUUGAAACUGGGUCAAGAAGCGCUGUUGCUGGUGGAACCACCACCAUCAUCACAUUUGCUACUCAAACGAGAGAUGAAGAAGAUCGGAGUCUCUUGCAAGUCGCUGAAAGAUAUAAUGCUCGUGCAGAGGAAACCGGUAGUUACGUGGACUACGGAUUCCAUAUGAUCAUUGUUCGUAACGAUGCGGAUAUCCUCGAGAAUGAGCUGCCAGUCCUGAUUCAAGACUGGGGAAUCAGCAGUUGCAAGUUAUUCUUGACAUAUGCAACGCAACGUCUGACCGACUCGCAAAUGCUGGAUGUGAUGUUUGCGGCGAGGAAGAAUCAGAUAACUACAAUGGUACAUGCGGAAAACGGGGAUAUGAUAGAAUGGUUGACAGAGAAGCUGGAGAGCAAGGGAAUGGUUUCGCCUUACUAUCACGCCUUGUCGCGCCCUCCUCUUGUCGAGGGCGAAGCCACGAAUAGAGCAAUCGCCCUAGCGCAACUCAUUCAGAAUCCGAUUUUGUUUGUUCAUGUGGGAUCCGUGCUUGGUGCUGCCAACGUGCGUCAUGCUCAAACAAUGGGACUGCCAAUCUAUGCAGAAACCUGUCCUCAAUACUUCCAUCUCACCUGGAAUGAUUUGAAGAAAUUCCAUUCGCCAACAUGUUUCGAAAACAGCAAGAUGAUCUGUUCGCCACCUCCACCCCCGACUGAUGCCGACCACGAGGAACUAUUUGUUGGUCUCUCAAACGGAACAUUUACGAUCUAUUCAUCUGAUCAUUGCCCUUUUCGCUAUGACCAUCCUCAUGGGAAACCGUCCGGUGUCUUAGAGCACAAGGAAAGUAUGAAGGACGAAAACCCAUGCAGUGGUGAAGAGCUGCAGAGUUUGCUGAAGCGGAAAAAUGGAGCAUUCCGGUUCAUCCCCAACGGUAUUCCCGGUGUGGAAACAAGACUGCCGUUGCUCUAUACAGGGGCAUUGGCCAGUGGCCGUAUUACGCCCCAAAGGUUUGUUGAAUUAACGUCAACAAACCCAGCAAAAUUGUAUGGCCUUUACCCCAAGAAGGGAGCGUUGAUGCCCGGAUCAGACGCCGAUCUCGUGAUCUGGCAUCCGGAGAAGACCUUCUCGCCUUUCAAUUUAACCAAUUCCAUGCUACAUCACAACGUCGAUUACACUCCGUAUGAAGGAAUGAGAUUCGUGAAUUGGCCUCGAUACACCAUUCUCCGCGGCAAGGUGAUGUGGGCAAAUGGCAAGAUACUUGGAAAGGUGCGAGAUGGGAAGUAUGUCAAGCGUGGGCCCAGCCAAUUAGCAUCAGUACCGUCUCGGGUUGAUCAAGAUCCUCGCCGAGUCGCCAACUGGCUCUAUGAGUAA